GGGAGGAAAAUCAGCACCUGGGUAGUAAUGCAUGUAAAUGGAAAAUCAUUAUAUCAAUUUAAUUGAUUUUUUUAUUUCCGGACAUGAAUUAUGCCUAAAAAGUAACACUGCAUAUUUUGACAUUCUGAACCGUCUGCCAGUAAGAUGACGUCGAUAAGAUAGUAGGGCGCACAUAUGGUGUAUGAAUUUUAACAGGCAUUAACAGAACCACCUUCCAAGCAAUAGUAGCGGCAACCAAUAACCUGUCAUUGAGAGGAGGAAAAAGGAAGGCAGAAGCCCUGGAGAAAGAAGAAAUGCAGGAAAAAAAAGCAAACAUCUGGUAACAGCUGGAGAGGGAUAGGAAGGCUCGGGACGGGAAGCUGGGUGUCGGAGUCGACGUAGCGUUCGCUCAGACGCCGUCUUUUUCCUCGGACGAGGCUGGGUCUCUGAGCGUGACCGCUGUCAUCAGGCCGCAACGCAUUACUGCCGCUGACGGCGCAUGCAGAGUACGGUGCAGUAAAAACAAAACUGUCACAGGGAAGAGAAAAUCACCUUGUAUAAACAUAUAAGCCAAAUUAUCCGAACAAUAAUUAGGGUGCAAAGUUUCGAGGUGGGAAAUUUCUCCUCUUCAGAGCGUACAGCUGUAUCUUAUCAACAUGGCCCCUCCCCCCAUUAUGACGAUGAUGCUGCUGGUUGCCAUGGUGCCCGCAAAACUAUUGGCUGUGGAGUCCAAUGAAAUUGACUACGGAUUCUGGAACUACAGAGAAGGAUCGGACAACGUGAACGUGGCCUCGGUACGCAGCAUGACCCGGGUUCUCGAUGUGUGGGGGAAACGGAUCUUUAACGAGAUCAAGCACAUGCUGCUCUCCCAGCCCAGCGCACUGUUGCCGGACUAUUCCAGGGUGCGCCCACUCUCAGAGUCCCUCAACGAUCUGUUCAAGGAAGUCACUCUCCUGCAGAAGCGCAUCACGGAACUCACCAAUCGCUUAGCAACGUUGGAACCUUAUCUCCGUCGCCACGGCUACCGUGAGGAAGUAGGUAGAGCAGAGGACAGAAGUGUUGGUAGGGCAUUGCCCCCUCAGAGCAUGAGGGGAGGGGGGGCAAGCUUCGCCAAAUACCCCCCAAGGUACAGAGCCAGACUACGUCCUGUAAAUAUACCACUGCGGAGGAGGAGAGUGAAAGUGUACAGAAGGGUAGGGGACAGACAGAAGCACUCACGAACCUGGAGAGGGGAACAGAGUAACUGAAAGGGGGUCUUUUUUAAAAUCCAAAAAAGCGGGGAGCGGGUGAAGGGAAAAAAAACAAAGAAAUUAAUCAUUAAUGCUACAUUUCUAUUACAGAUUUUAAAUGGACUUAUAAUGCAUCCCAUUUGAAGUAAAUUAAGUUACUUUUUUACUCAUUUUGUUCACUACCAGAAGAAAAUUAUAAUAUUUACUAGUCAUGCUUAAAUCAAAAACUUGACCACUGAUAUGUGCAUGUUUGACGCUGUAACAUAAGACAAUAAAAUCAAACAUAUACUUCCA